GUCACAUUAAAAACGUUAUAAAUUAAAAUGUGGAUAACUCGCCGUUCUUAAUUGGAUCAAGUUUUCCCCGAUUUCUGAGGUCGCCGAAACUCGAUCAGCAUGACCGCCGAUCGCAUUAUCCUGCUGCAGUUCAGCAUGCACUGUUUCAAGAUCAUCUUCAUCUACUGCAUCUGUGUGAAUGUCCUGGAGCAUCUCGUUCAGCAGGUCCAGGAAAACUGAGCGGAAAAUGCUGGGGGCUUGAAAACGGGAAGAAUAAAAAUUAAGCGGCGAUUACUUCACAACUAUAUUCAUUUUUCUUUAACUUGUGGCAUAUAAAGAGUCAAUUUUUUUGGGGUACAUUUAUCCUUUUUCGACCAUUGCAACGCCAUCUUAAAGAAUCGCAAAUUAUCUACAGAAAUUCUCCUGCCAAUAUAUUUCAAAUGUUUUUCAUCAGGCAUAAAUUAU